AAAAAAAAAGAAAGAAAAAGGGAGGGUGAGCGCGUGUCUUCCAGUCCUAUAUAAUCUCAGCCUUCCACCCUUUUCUCUUCACAUCUCAUUUCUAUUCAAUUCAUUCCGUCAUCUCUUUCCUUUCGUUUCGUUUCGUGAAGUAAGUAAAAAAGUUGUUGAUCGAUCAUGGCCGAACGUGUUUUGACCCGUGUUCACAGUCUUCGUGAGCGCCUCGACUCUACUCUGGCAACCCAUCGUAAUGAAAUCCUCAUGGUUCUUUCAAGGAUCGAAAGCCAUGGCAAAGGAAUAUUGAAGCCUCACCAACUGAUGUCUGAGUUUGAAGAGAUCUGCAAGGAGGAUCAGAGCAAACUCCACGAUGGCGCCUUUUAUGAAGUUCUGAAAUGCACGCAGGAAGCAAUCGUGCAGCCUCCAUGGGUGGCGCUUGCCAUUCGUCUCAGGCCUGGUGUCUGGGAAUAUGUAAGAGUCAACGUCAACGCCCUCGUCGUCGAGGAGUUGAGUGUUCCCGAGUAUCUUCACUUCAAAGAAGAACUGGUUGAUGGAGGAGCGUCGAAUGGCAACUUCGUGCUGGAGCUGGACUUUGAGCCUUUCACCGCAUCCUUCCCCCGGCCCACCCUGACCAAGUCUAUUGGGAACGGGGUGGAGUUCCUCAACAGGCAUCUCUCUGCUAAAAUGUUUCAUGACAAGGACAGCAUGCACCCUCUCCUCGAUUUCCUCCGAACCCACCACUGCAAGGGCAAGACUAUGAUGCUCAAUGAUCGCAUCCAAAACCUCAACUCUCUCCAGUCUGUCUUGAGGAAGGCCUCCGAGUACCUUUCCACCCUCGAUGCAGCAACUCCAUACUCUGACUUUGAACAUAAGUUUCAAGAGAUCGGCCUCGAGAGAGGUUGGGGUGACAAAGCAGAGCGUGUCAUGGAGAUGAUCCAGAUGCUGCUGGACCUUCUGGAGGCCCCUGACGCCUGCACUCUCGAGAAGUUCCUUGGAAGAAUCCCUAUGGUUUUCAACGUGGUCAUUCUCUCCCCCCACGGUUACUUUGCCCAAGAAAACGUUUUGGGCUAUCCCGACACCGGUGGUCAGGUGGUUUACAUUCUGGACCAAGUUCCUGCUUUGGAGCGUGAGAUGCUCAAGAGGAUCAAGGAGCAGGGGCUUGAUAUUGUUCCUCGCAUUCUCAUUGUAACAAGGCUUCUCCCUGAUGCGGUAGGAACCACCUGCGGGCAGCGUCUUGAGAAGGUGUUCGGGGCAGAGCACUCUCAUAUUCUCCGAGUCCCCUUUAGAACUGAAAAGGGAAUUCUUCGUAAAUGGAUCUCUCGCUUUGAGGUGUGGCCCUACAUUGAGACUUUCACCGAGGAUGUCGCCAAAGAAGUCACUGCAGAGCUGCAAGCCAAACCGGAUUUGAUCAUUGGAAACUACAGUGAGGGCAACCUGGUUGCCUCUUUGCUAGCCCACAAGUUGGGUGUCACCCAGUGUACCAUUGCCCACGCCCUGGAGAAAACCAAGUACCCUGAUUCUGACAUCUACUGGAAGAACUUUGAGGAAAAGUAUCAUUUCUCUUCUCAGUUCACAGCCGACCUUAUUGCCAUGAACCAUACCGACUUCAUCAUCACCAGUACUUUCCAAGAGAUCGCUGGAAGCAAGGACACGGUUGGACAGUAUGAGAGUCACACAGCCUUCACAAUGCCCGGACUCUACAGGGUGGUCCAUGGGAUAGAUGUUUUUGACCCCAAGUUCAAUAUUGUUUCUCCUGGUGCUGACAUGGGGAUCUACUACUCUUAUACCGAGAAAGACAAGAGGCUCACAGCACUCCACCCUGAAAUUGAUGAGCUUCUCUUCAGUUCUGUUGAGAACGAAGAACACCUAUGCGUGCUGAAAGACAAGAACAAGCCAAUCCUCUUCACUAUGGCUAGAUUGGACAAUGUGAAGAACUUGACAGGACUGGUGGAGUGGUAUGCCAAGAAUGAGCGCCUUCGUGAGCUGGUGAACCUUGUGGUGGUGGGUGGCGACAGAAGGAAGGAGUCCAAAGAUCUUGAAGAGCAGGCCCAGAUGAGGAAGAUGCACGAGCUGAUUGAGACCUACAAGCUGAAUGGCCAGUUUAGAUGGAUUUCUUCACAGAUGAACAGAGUGAGGAACGGGGAGUUGUAUCGUGUGAUUGCAGACACCAGGGGAGCAUUUAUCCAGCCUGCAUUUUACGAGGCGUUUGGGUUGACAGUGGUGGAGGCCAUGACCUGCGGCUUGCCCACCUUUGCAACGCUUCAUGGUGGCCCUGCUGAGAUCAUUGUUCAUGGGAAAUCUGGGUUCCACAUCGACCCCUAUCACGGGGACCAGGUCACCGAGUUGCUUGUGAAUUUCUUUGAAAAAACCAAACAAGACCCUUCUCAUUGGGAGGCUAUAUCCAAGGGUGGCCUACAGCGUAUCCAGGAGAAAUACACAUGGCAGAUCUAUUCGGACCGGUUGUUGACGCUUGCUGGAGUUUAUGGAUUCUGGAAGCAUGUAUCAAAGCUUGACAGGCUUGAGAUCCGUCGAUAUCUUGAAAUGUUUUAUGCUCUCAAGUACCGCAAACUGGCUGAAUCUGUUCCGUUGGCUGUUGAUCAGUAAGUAAGCGAGGUGAGGGUGGGAUGGUCAAGCGGAGUUGUGCUCCUCGUUUAAAUAUAUAUUAUGAUGUAUAAUAAAGAGAACAUUUUGCUUGUGUGUGUUCUCAUUUCAUCGCCAUGCCAUCCAGUUGUGUAAUCGAAAUCUGUCAUCAAUUUUUUUGUUGCUAAUC